CGAACACUUCAACUGAAGUAACAUACGAGGGGUGAGGGUCGCGACAUUCGAAGGGUGAUGCCUCCAGACAUGGCAAUCUCGAUGCGCCACUCGAAGCUGAAGGCGGAGGAGGCGGCCCUCCUCGCGGGCGAGGUCAACAAGCCCUCCUGGGAGUCCCGGAACGAGGGCAUCCACGAGAGAGUCAGCUUCGAAGACUCCAUCUGGGGGUUCGACCUUGCAGGUGGCUCGUAUUACAAGACUCCUUUGAGGGUUACUUAUGUGAAACCAGACAGCCGCGCGUCCAAAGCCGGCAUCAGGGCGGGAGACAAGCUCCUGCGCAUCAACGACAUUGAUACCUCGACGCUCACCAUCCAGGAGGCCCACGAGAUCAUCAUCGAGUCCGGGAUCCACCUCAAGCUGGCUGUCACGGCGCCCGAAGACGAAGAGGAUGCGUAUUACUGCUAUGAAGACCCGAUUGAUGAUGGAUACGACAGCGAGGAGGAAAGAAGGAAAGAGGCUGAGAGGGCGAAAAAGAGACAAGUGCAUGCACGAGUCAGCUCGUAUUGGAGCCUCCAGUGGCCUUGGGUCAGCAAACGAAGGGUGAUAUACAGGGAGUCCAACUGUUUCAUGGUGCCUAGCAAGUACGAGGGCAAACACAAAGAUAAAUUCACACCAUUACCAGCUCUUAGAUAUUCAGACGAUGUUGUUCUUGACAGCAUGAAGAAUAUUAAAUUAAACGACACCGUGGAAACCCUGGUAAACAACUUGAGUUCUGUUAAGGAUGUAAAUAAUUCUGAAGAUACUGAUGGAUCAGAAAAACUUAAGCAGGAUACUUCUAAAGAUUCCAUUAGUAAUGGCGUUGAAGAACCUCUAUCUAAUGGUGUUGAUGAAACAGCACAACCAAAUGUGCUCAACGGUGAUGCAGAACAGAAAGAAACUACCAUUGAUAGCAAACACACAAAUGGUAACCUACACAAUAUACCUGAAGAUGACGAAGAAAGAAACAUUGAAUCUCCAGAAGUUCAAGAAAAUUCUAGAGAAGAAGAUAGUAUCCAAGAAAUUUCUGAGGCUGAUAGCGAGAAUAUUGAAGAAGUAAAGAGUAAGCCAGUGGUAGAUUUAGCUAAUGAACUAAAUGGCGAUGUCGAGCCUAAAGAUGAUGACGUCAUAGAUGACGUUUUGAAUAGUAAUACCGAUGUAUCAGAAAUGGAAGAAGACAAGAUUCUUGACAGCAUUUUAAGCGACAGUGAAGACACGACAGACAAAACAUAA